CCCCCGAGCCUUUCACCAGCCCCCCCCUCCACGUCCUCCGCGCCCCAAAAUGCAGCGCCGCCUCUGCGCCCUGCUGCUGCUGGCGUCCCAGUGCAUGGGCUCGGCCGCCGGGCUCUUCCCCUUCGGGGAGCCCGACUUCUCUUACAAGCGCUCCAACUGCAAGCCCAUCCCCGCCCCGAUGCUGCUGUGCCGGGGCAUCGAGUACCAGAGCAUGCGGCUGCCCAACCUGCUGGGGCAUGAGACGGUGCAGGAGGUGCUGGAGCAAGCGUCCACCUGGAUCCCGCUGGUGCAGAAGCAGUGCCACCCCGACACCAGGAAGUUCCUCUGCUCCCUCUUUGCCCCCGUCUGCAUCGACGACCUGGACGAGAUCAUCCAGCCCUGCCACUCGCUCUGCGAGGAAGUGAAGGAGAGCUGCGCCCCGGUGAUGUCCGCUUUCGGCUUCCCCUGGCCCGACAUGCUGGACUGCAGCCGCUUCCCCAAGGACAACGACCUCUGCAUCCCGCUGGCCAGCAGCGACCACAUCCUCCCCGUCACCAGGGAAGCACCCAAGGUCUGUGAUGCCUGCAAAAACAAAAAUGAAGAUGAUAAUGACAUCGUGGAAAACCUCUGCAAAAACGACUUUGCCUUGAAGAUAAAAGUGAAGGAGAUUGCCUACAUCAAUGGGGAUACCAAGAUCACCCCUGAAACAAAGAGCAAAACUAUCUACAAACUGAAUGGGCUAACAGAAAGAGAUCUGAGGAAGAUAGUGCUCUGGCUCAAAGGUGGCCUCCAGUGUACCUGCGAUGAGAUGAACGACAUCAGUGUCCCCUACUUGGUGAUGGGGCAGAAGCAAGCUGGGGAACUUGUGAUCACUUCGCUGAAGCGGUGGCAGAAAGGCCAGCGGGCUUUCAAGCGGUUCUCCCGCAGUAUCCGCAAACUGCAGUGUUAGUGGCUUUGUCUCUGGCUGUCCUCCAGCAGCCGCCCCUGUCCCAAGUUCUCUGGGCCUCCCGCGCCUUCGUGCUUUGGCCCCUGUGAGCCUCAAGAUGCUGUGGGCACAAGACACAGUGACCACUGUCUCAGAGGGGAAGAACUCCUCCACUUUUGUACAUAGGUUAAAUUGUAAUAAAAAAAACCAAAGACUAUUUUUGGGAAGUAUUGAAGUAUCUUGCUUAAAACUUGGGGUUUUUUUAUGAUUGCAAAUGUGAUUUUGGUCAGAGGCUUUUCCCUCUUCGUUUCAGUAAUGCUGGUUCAUUUAUAUUGCUGCUUCUCUGUAUGCGUGCAUGUUUGUUGUGCCACAGCAGGAGUCACCGAGAAAGCCAAGCGUGUGACUGGCCUGUAACUGCAAGCAUGGCACUUCCGCUGAGGUUACACAGCUUUCCAUCUGCCUUAACACUAUAAAAGUCACGUUACAGCUCUUGCAUGUGAUACAUAGGCACCAGUAAGAGUAUAUUAAUUAUUCUCACAUUUUAUUUUCCUAAAG